AUGGGUCACGAUCUAUCGAAAUAUGUUGAUCCCAUCAUUGUAGUAAUCAAUGCAUUGGUUGAAAAAGAAUCCACCAAUUCAAAAGGUCUUUCUUCUAAUAGGACAACCACGAUAGCACCGAAUUAUAACAGUGGAGAACUUGAUUCUUCAUUAGAUGUUACAACAUUAAUCUCCACGCUUUUAGAAGAUGCCGAAAGAAAGUUCAAAUCCAAGGAUUAUACCUCUUACGUAUCUCUCUUACAACAAACGUCCAACCUUGGUUCCGCUUUUGCCGCAGCAAAAUUAGGAUCCAUAUACUUGCACGGUUUACAAAAUUCAUCCGCUUCCAAGACAUCUUCGUUCAAGGACAUAAUAUCAUCCGAUUGUGAAUUAUCGGCACAAAAUUAUUUUUUAGCACUAAAAUUAAUAAACUUAAUUAAUUAUACUUUAUGGGACAUGAACUUAAUAUUAGAAGUAAUUAUUGGCAUAACGGAAUUAUAUCGAUAUCAACUUGAUCGUGAAAGUGAUUUUGAAUUAUGGGAUGAUGGGAUAACCAUUUUGAAACAAUUCGAUUCAACUUUAAAUGAAUCACAAUUCAUAAGGUUUCAAACUCAUGAGAAUAAUCAAUUACGUAAAGCUUUAAGGGUUCAUAUCUUAUUCAAUUUGGCCAACACCAAGGAAUUAGAUCGUGAUUUCGUUGAUGCUUUGCGGAUUUAUCAAGAUUGUGAAAACAUUGGUUUAACAUCUAUAUCUUUUAGUGCAGAUAAAUUGAUUAAAAAAUCUCAUACUAAAGUGAGAUUAUUACAAAAGAAUUUUGAGAAAGGAAUUCCAAACGUUUUACCAAUAUGUGUCCAGUGUGAUUUUGAACCUAAAGACACCAAAGAGAUUUGGAAAUUAUUAGUUUGUGCCAAAUGUCAGCAGAAAUUCAAUUAUUAUACCAAAAACUUACCUCCACACGAUUACUUUCAAAAAUACAUCUGGGAACGGUUAAGUUUAAUUUCAUUCGAACAUGAUAAAUGUGUUUUUGAGUACGUGGUUGAUCCUAAAGACUGUAAUUCAUUUGGAGGAAUACAUGGUGGAUUUAUCGCGAGUUUAAUCGAUAUCGUUUCUUCCGCUGUUAUAGUUGUUUUUCAAGAUAAAUAUUUUAAGAGUGGAGGAGUUUCAACAGAUAUGGCAAUAUCUUAUGUGAGUGCUGCUAGAGCAGAAGAUACUUUAUUAAUUGAAAGUAUGGUAUUUAAAAUUGGUAAGUCACUUACGAAUACUCAUACCAUUCUUAAACAAAAGAACUCUGGUAAAGUGAUUGCCAUGGGACAACACACCAAAUUUAAUGUUGAUUCAAAAAUAUAA